GCAUCUCGUCCUCCCCUCCCGCCAACACCACCAACGGGUUUUCUACACACACACAUACACAGCAAUGGCUCCCGAAAAGAAGAGAGGCACCAUCGGCAAAGUCCUCAUCGUCGGAGGCAACGGCUUCCUCGGCCACCACAUCGUCAACCAGGCCCUCGACUCAUGGACCACGACGAGCGUCACCUCCGUCGACCUGCGCUGCUCUAAGAACCGCCGCGACGAGGCCGCAUACCACGAAUGCGACAUCACCGACAAUGAGAAGCUGGCCGAGCUCUUCAUCAAGCUUGCCCCCGACGUUGUCAUCCACACAGCGUCGCCUGUUGCCGACGACACCGCAGUCGCCAAGGACCUCUUCCUCAAGGUCAACGUCAACGGCACCCAGUCUGUCAUUGAGGCCUGCCAGAAGGCAAACGUCAAGGCCCUCGUCUACACAAGCUCAGCCAGUGUCAUCAGCGACAACACGCUCGACCUGCGCAACGCCGACGAGCGCUGGCCCGUCCUGCGCGGCGCCCAGCAGAAGGAGUACUACUCCGAAACAAAGGCUGCCGCUGAAGAGCUCGUCAUCAAGGCCAACCGCACCGACCCCUACAAGCUGCUCACAACAUCGCUCCGUCCCGCCGGCAUUUUUGGCGAAGGCGACGUCCAGAACCUCGCCGGCCUGCUGCGCGCCUACAAGGGCGGCAAGACCAACGUCCAGAUUGGCGACAACAACAACCUCUUCGACUUUACCUACGUCGGCAACAUUGCCCACGCCCACUUACUCGCUGCCCACCGCCUGCUCGCCACUCUUGGCGCUUCCACGCAGCCUCUUGACCACGAGCGUGUCGACGGCGAAGUCUUCUUCAUCACAAACGACUCCCCCGUGUACUUUUGGGACUUUGCCCGUGCGGUGUGGCGCGCUGCCGGCAACGAGAAGGGUACCGAAGGCGUCUGGGAACUCAGCCGCGAAAUGGGCGCCUUCUUUGGCAUGGCCUCUGAGAUCUUCUUCAGCAUCAUCCAGAAGCCUGCUACCUUUACCAAGCUGCGGGCUACCAUCUCCGGCAUGACUCGCUACUACAACAUCACAAAGGCCAAGACGGUGCUUGGCUACGAGCCCCUGUGGACAGUGCAGGAGGGCAUUGAUAGAGGCGUUGGCUGGUUCCUCGAGCAGGACAAGAAGGCUGCUGUCAAGGCCUAAUGACUGUGAUUGUGAGAGACAACUGAUGAAGGAAAAUUAAAAGGACACGGAGACGCCAUUUAUUGUUCUGUUGGCAUUUAUAAUUUAUAAUGAAGCUAGCUAGCUACUUGACUUUUCGUAGCUGCUGCUGUUGUUCGCAUCGUGCGCAUCGUUUUUAAUUAGUACAUAUCUUGAUAAUACAGAGAAAAUACGGCCGCGAUGGCACUGAUGUAAUGCAUGUGUCUUCUCUCAAGCAAAACAAUUUAUGUAAAAUUAUAUACUACAGUCACGGGGGUUUUCUAGCAGAAUCAAAAAGUGUUCCGUUGUAAAGUUUAAUGUGUUUCUUAUCACUAUAGUCGCCAUUGCAACUUAAAAAUUAAAAAGAGAAACACGAUUGAAUGUCCUCUAAAGAGAUAACCAGUCUUUUAAGGUGUUACUCCCAUUGAAUUUCGUCUUCCAACUAAUGCGCAAAACAAAAUGCUUCGACCUCGCUCCGAUCGGAUCGAGCGUUAAAACUCCCAUGAUGCUUCAAUCUCUUCGUUUUUUCGACUUUCGUUCUUCUACUCCCUCUUGCGCCAUCCAAAUGUGCUAUGCUUCAUACGUAUAUAACAAAAAUUGUACUGCUUUGUAAAAAAGCAAUGCAUGCUGCCGAAGCAGACAAACGUGCUUCUUCUUCGAUGACAACCAACCACACCAGCGCCGCCUGUUUUCGUCACUCCGUAUCAUCUCGUUGCCAAAAAAACAAAACAAAACAAAAAUACACAAACAGUCCACCCAAUAUGCCAAGCAACAAUCUCCAGGAAAACAACUCGCUUUCAUUUGUACGUCGUCCAUGCCCUCGACAUAUGCCCUCAGCGGCACAAGCCAUGCGUGCCUGGAAGCAGAAUACCUUGCCACUAGAGGGCCUAUUGUCGAGAGCCAAUGGAAUAUAAACUAAAACGCCGCAAAACGCCAAUCAAUGGGUGCAAAAAGAAACUCAUAAUAAAAUAUGAACCAACGCCUGCGCUUAGCGGAAAUGUGUCAAACGGCGCUGACACGCUAUGAGUUGCCGACACCAAGACCACCGGGGGGAUGACGACCCCAGGCCGAGUUGCGCCAGUCGCCCCGUUGGCCGUUCUCUGGAGCGCUCAGGUUGCUAUCGGACGCAGUGUACUGGCUAUUCUUAUAGGGAGACGGACGCUCGUCACCGGAUGUCCAGAGCUGGGGUGGAGUUCCCAUGGUUUGGUUCGGGGCAGCGGGAUCGUUGAUGGGCCGGACAGUUCGCUCGGCCUGCCAAAGGGAGGGGUCUGUUUCGACUCGCUUCGGGGGCGAUCGGCUAGACAUGUCUUGACGGUUAUAGACUUCGUUCACAUCGGCUAUUUGGACUUGUCCACGACGAUCCUGGAAGCGUUUGAGAAUCUCUUUGGUGGUGACUUCUCCAGGUCCGCUAAAGAGGUACGGGUCGUUCAGGAGCGAAAGCAACUCAUCUGGGACCUGGCACAUUUCUUCAAUGUUGGUGAUGAGUACCUCGACAGCCUCAAUAACAAACAUAGCCUCGUUGUCGAGGGCUGGUGCCUUGGAAGGAUUGGUGAGAAUGUUGGGUGCAAUAACAGUAGCGAGAUUGCGGACAUCCAUUUUAGAACCACCCUCAUCGUCAAGUUGGUGGAAAGUGCCGGCCCAUUUCAAGAAUGUGAAUAGAAUCUCCAAACAGUCUCGAUGGCUCUUGGGUAGAAGGCAGCAUAGCAGAUGUAGACACUGCUUCUUCUUGGCAGGGUCCGAAAUCUUGGCUGCACUGGUCCAUAGGCCGUACAGCUUGUGCGUCAUCAACGGAUCAGGCAGCUCGCGCAGGUAUCUCUUGAGCAGAGCCGCUAGCUGAAUCACGGGCUGCUCCAUGAAGUUAACUGAGUCACAACCCUCUGCAUUGAUGCGCUCCACCAUCUCCAGUUGCUUCUUGAUGUUGCCGUUCUUUCGGAAAACGCCCUCCACCGACAAGUCCAUCUUGCGCAUGCAGGUGACAAUAUCAUCGACAAUAGCAGGAACACGUAGCGCACCAGGGCCGACACCAUCAGUGGAUUCAGCUCCAUCGCGCUCAAUGAUAGAGUCCAGAGGGACGCCAAAGACACCCUUCUUCUUCGUACCCUUAUUCUUAUCGUUCUUGAAAGCUUUACCCAAAUUCUUCCAAAAUGUGGCAGGUUUUCUGGCCUCAAUGAACGAGAGAAGCUCCUCCAGACUGACUUCCUGCUCGACAAGCGGAUGCAUUGUCAGCACCGCCAAGAGGCGCAUGUUGAAGUACUCUAGGGCAGACAACUCUGGGAAAAACUUGCGAGUGAUUCGAGCUGGGACGGAAUCCGGCGUGCGGAAGUCUGCGUCCUUCCCUAGGGAAAAUGCGCGGUUGUGUCGUGUAGCGGGAGCUGCGGGUUGGCCAACAGCCUGCUGGUUUUGCUUCUCGCGCGAUUGUUCGGCGGCCACGAUGCGAGGGAUAUCAUCUAGCGUAAUGGCAUCGUUGUGACCAAACAUGGCAUCCGUAGAUUCCUGCGGGCCAGUGUCUGCGUCUCCAGCCGGUGAAACUUCCCGUAGAGCACGACCAUCUCCCUCAAAAACCUUGGAUGUCCUUGCACGACGGACGCUAGUUGAAAGAUGUCGAUCAAGCCUCGUGCUUCGGAGCCGGCGAACUUCGUUCAAGGUAUUUUCAUAUGUAGACUCGCGGCGCGCCUCGUUUCCGCCAACUGGGGAAUAAGAUUUUGAUCGUGAAUCGGCUGUUAAGCGUGGAGGCUCGGUAAUUAGGUUGUUCUUGUCGACGUUGGCGAUAGGGUGGGAUGGGAUGGCCCCAUUGCUGCUGAGGAUAUUCAACAGACGUGCGAGCGCUACUUGCAAGAGGAAGAUAAACUGUUGCAGUUUGGAGACAUACUCCAAUUGUGUCGCAGAAUCGAGCUGUGGCGCGCACUUGAGACAGUACAACUUGCCUUCCUGUGCAUUAUAGCGGGUGUCGACUAGCGUACGUCCAAGUUCGCGGCCGCAACGGUUACACCCAACACAAGCGAGAUGCCAACGAGAAUCACCGUUCUUUGCGCACUCAUCUUCAAUGGCUCUCCUACAUAAUGCACAUUGAUCGGAAUCCUUGGCAGAGAGUCUAACAUCUGCCAUGGCUGCUUGCAACAUACCGUCGUCUGUCUUGGAAGCAUCAAAGUCGUGCAGGUCGUCGAGAAAUUGGUUGAGGCCGAGGCUGUUCUGAUCCUCGCGCUCAAGUCGGAGUGCGCCCUGUAAGCAAAUACGAAUAAGAAGCUUCAGGUAGUGUGCCAAGCCGGUAACCAGGGACAAAAGUUCCUGUGUAACACCCAGCUUGCGAGCUUCGUUGUCCUGGGUUUUCGAUAAGAGUGAGAAGAAGGCAACAAUCUUUUUGCACAGUAAUUUUGCUUCGCGUCCAUAUGAC